CUUAUAGAUGAUCGUAUUGUUUGGAAGCCAGCAAAUCUUAGUGUUUACGUUUAUUUCAGGCUUUGCGGAUUAGCGUCAAAGUAAAAUUAAAAUAAAACCACUGUUUAUAAACACAUCGGUAUACAACACAUUAAACUUGUAUGAGGGGUAAACAAUACUCAAGGUAUUUGCAUUUUAACAGGGCAAUGAAUUGGUAUAAAUCAUCGAUUUUUAGCAAUUGUUAAAUCAUCUAACUUUAAAGUAGCAUUGCGUCGUCACGCUAUUUGGUUUUUGUGGCUGUGAGGAGUUUAGUUGAGAAAUAGUUUGGACCUUCGGGUGUCGGGUGUGAGUGCUAUAGAAAAUACGACGGCUGCUUCCUGAAUUGCAAUAGACAAUGAUUUGACCGAUUGUUAUUCAAAUGAAAGAUUUAUGAUUUCCUUCGUUACUGCUUUAAGUCGAAGCUAUAAAGAUAUUUAUUUCAUUCUUGAGCCAAGUUAUCUUCAUGUUGCGGCUGAAACGUAAUCAUGAAAGUUGGGCUUUGGUUUCUUACUCUUGCUGCAGAUUUCAUUAUUCGAGAGUCGCAAGCAGUUCCCAGCUCAACAGAAGAGGGAUCGUGGUCGAAAUGCAGCGUAACAUGCGGCGAGGGAUAUCAGACCAAACAACAAACGUUGAACAAAUUUACAUUCGGUGAAAUCAAAAAUCAGACAAUUCGCAGAUCUUGUAAUUUGCAAGUUUGUCCAUCAUACUUGGGAUGGCCUCGGAUUCAUUUCUACGGAACUUUUGUGGCGAACUGUCCAACGACAAACAACUUCCGAUGCUUUUUCAACAACGAUAAGUUUUGUCCGGUUUGCAACACGUUCCGCUUGACCACGGCGACCGAAGUAAAAUUCCACCAGGCAGGUCCUACAGUACAUCGCUACGGGUUCCAGAGAGGUUCGGCAGAUCCAAUGGGAAACGGUCAUUUUUAUUUUGAUGGAGCUAAAGUGACAUCCGCUUGUUGGAAACCCGGGCAAGCUUGCCUCACAAAAGAUCCAAUUGUUGGGAGAAAAGUAACAGAUAAAAACACUGGUCGUAUGGUAGAUUUAGAUCCAGAUUGGCAACUUGCUUCCGAGGUAAUUGGAUAUCGAAUUCAUAUUCCUGGUGUUUUCACAGCUUUAAUGGAAUCGUCGUCAUUCACUCAGAUGACAUCUAGAGUGAUCGGGCAAAGUGAUGGAGCGUUAUCAGCUAUUGUUAAAAGUAAACUGACCGACAUUAACUGGAUUGAUUCUUUCUACAAAUCAAAGUUUGAAGAUUCAUCUCGCCUUUCAAUCAUCUUCGUCAUGGACCUUUUUACACGGCGAGGACAAACAGGUAGGCUUACUGGAACAAUAGGAAUGACGUCACCAGAUGACCCGAAGUCCGUGCACGCAGGAAGAUCAAUGCAUCCGCUCAACUUAAUGUUGAGGCCAAACUAUGAGAUAGGAUUUUAUUUUGAUGAAGCGCAAGACACUUUUGUUGUCGAUUUUUCCAACGUGAUGAAAUGUAAUCGGUACGGAACAUUUAUAAGCGACGGAUUAAAAUAUCUUGACUUGGCAAUAUAUCCAGCGGAAGAUGAUAUGGAUUACUUUGUAUCACACCUACUGCAUAGAGCGACCACUUGCGGAUUGCAUUCUAUGUUUAUGCUCACGCAGGGUGGCGCGCUCAACUAUUUGUAUCGAACUCAACAGUGGUACACAGUUUUCGGGGGAGUUGUUCAAAUUCGUCUUUCGUCAGUAAACUGGUGGCUUCGAAGAAGUAUUUCCCGUGGUAGGGUUGCUCUGGUUAACCGUUUAAGCUUGAACAAGAGAGUUGGUACACCAAGGAAGGAAGGUUACAGUGUUUGUUCAUUAUAUCCGCACCUCUGCCGAGUGUCGUUUCAUCAAAACUGUCAUUUGUUGUCGAUUGAAGCGAUCGAUGGUUUGAACGUCAAACCGAUGGCCAGCAUAACCAAGCGCUUGAGCCGAGGUGAAACUUGGGAGUUUCCAGCCAUCGCAACAAAGUUCGGUCGACCGCUACAAGAUGCCAGUGUUAGUUUGCAAAUCAUGAAGCAGCCGUUUCCAGUGAACAUGUGUACAAAAGGAAAGGAUAGCUGUUCGCCGUAUUUAGCCCGACCAAGAAGUGUUUUGAAAUUGAGACCUUCUUGUCGGACAGAUAUAAACGGAAUUGCUAAAAUAACCGUAGCGGCAAUCCACAAUCCGGGGAACGCUCGUAAAUGCAACCUUGAUGGCCAGAUAUACCCCACCGGUUUAAUUCUCGAAACUCAAUCAAGAAAUAGAGUUAUUCGCAUUGGGAGUGGAGGAACUUUCGCAACUGCUAUGAAUCCAUUCUUAAACUACCAAGCUAAGAAGCAAUGCCAUCUCCACGAUGCUCAUUAUACGUACGGGAUGGCUAUCAAAGUUUUUACCUCAUUACCAAUGGCGACCAUGAGAAAGCAAUGUCCAACCUGGAACGAUGACGUCAAACCGAUCUUUCAAUUUUACUACAAUAUGUUUCCUGUGAUGGAGAAACAUGACGUCAUCAAUUUAAGAAAUAUUCAUGACGUCAGAUCUAAGCUACGUAUGAUCAAUAUGUCGAUGUUUGAAUACGACUGGAGUCAUCCCAACUUCAUGCCGACCACUCGUGACCUUUCACCUGAUAAGACGGAAAUCGUAAGAAGGUGGCUCGAAUGUGAGAUGAAUGGAAACGUCUAUAAAACCAAAUUAAACGAAUCCACAUCAUAUGAAUAUCACGAAUCUCGUCACGGUAUAUGCGGUUCAGCUGAUAAUCUACAGAAAACUAUGGAGGAAAUCCGCAACAUAAUCCAGAUGGGAAUAUGGGUCGAACUGUACACCAUACCCCCCUAUAUGACUGCCAUGUUAUCUCUCAAGCGUGAAAAGUUUAAAGAAGUUUACAAUAUACUGAAAAGCAUCUCAACAGAGGAAAUGCUUCACGUUGUACUGAAUGCCAAUGUUUUAAACUCUGUUGGUGGAAAACCUAACAUGACUGACUCUCUAUGGUUGCCAAACUACCCGACACCAUUUCCUUCUAAAGAUUUUUAUGAGAUUCGACCUGAUGUUGUACUCAAACUUGAACCAUUCUCGAUUUCCUUAGUCAAAGAAGUGUUUAUGGAAAUUGAGAAGCCUGCUUCCCCUGCUGUGAUGAAGAUUAUUCAUCAGAUAGCUAACCUGUGGAAUGAGAUACCAACAGACAAGGGUGGAAAAUGUGCAUUACUGGGGAAAAAUGCUUCGUUAUGUGAGAAUCCAUAUUGGUUUGAAAAAUCAAAAGGAAAAGUAAAGAAUAAGUUUAAGUCAGGAAACUGGAGUAAUUCAAAGGAAUCACUUUGGCAAAAUCUGUUUAAAUUUUCGACUGAUAUGCUGGACCAACCUGAGAUCACGGACGUUUACACCAUCGGAGGAUUCUACGCUCACGCGAUGCUGCGUUUGAUCCAAGCAGAAGCCUGCGUUAAAAUGGAUUCACCCAACAACACUGUGUUUACCGGUGACCCCACAAGACAGUUCGGACCAGAGCAGUGGUAUGUGACCAAGGGUCUGAGCAGUGCAACUUUAUUUCCCGUCCACGGUUUAAAAUCUGCGAUCGAAGCGCUCAUGGAAGUUGUAUAUGAAGGAGAGGGUGGCACACCAUGCGCACCUUUCGUAACUGAUAUUGCUGAAAACGAUGCGAGUCAUAAUUCAGUAAACUCGCCGUACCAGGAGAAAUCCCACUACAUUAAGUUUCAAGAAAUAGCCAACGGAAGAAAAAUUAUCCCGUUGGGUAAGAAAGAGCCACAGUGGCCUCAGGAUACGUGUAUGCCGUACGUGGACGUUUGCGCAGAUCUGACAAGGUCAAAUAUUUCUUCGAAUUCCAAAUAUUUUUGCUACUUGGGGGAAAGAAUUUCGGUCAGAGACACCAACAGAGACAUUUGGCCAAUAUCUAGAAUGAAGAGGCCUACUAAUAUAUUGGCUUACACAGCAAUCCUACGGUUCAACCAAAUCUACACCUCGUUACUGGAUUGCUUAGAAAUGUCAAUGAACGGUUCUCCCAAAAUGAUGUCAACCUGUACUGGUAUCAUGUAUGAAUUGCUAGGUGCUGGGAAGAACGCAGUAACUACCCCACUUUAUACCGGUGGCGAUCCAACUAAAGGACCAAAUGUGACCCCAACAUGGUCGUAUAUAUUGGACCAUUAUAAAUUCGAAGGAUUCACCGAGUUUAUAAUGCCGAAAACUAGCCAUGUAUUUUACUGUUAACACUUUACACGAUAAACAGGUUUUUAUAUUGUAUUGUACUGUGGGGUAAGGUGGGACUCUUUGCUUUUGUACAUAAUAUCCAAAUAUCCUGACGUAUUUUAAACAAAUACACAGCGGUCUAUGAGAGUCGUAAAAUAACGGUUUUAUAAUUCUUUAAAUGGUUUAUAUUUACACCCAAAUGGGGCGAGAAAAUAGAAUGAAAAUGUGCCCCAUCUUACCCCGCCCUAUAUACUGUAUCACACACUGUCUAUACAGGUUAAUGCUCGAAGCGGACUUUAUAAAAUAAUUUACAUAAGUUAAGGACUAUUGUAUGCUCUUAACAAUAGAGUAAUGAACAUGAAUUAGUUUUAACUGUGGAAUAUACUGUACGCACAUAUUGGAAUAAAUAUACUGCGGAGAUCUCACGGUAA